UCACCUGACAUUUGACAAGUUUGACUGUGGCCAUAUACAAAAGGAUUUUGUUAUCAAAUUUUCUUGUGAUUACAUCAAUAACAUACGUGUACCUCUGCCUGUUCAUUGCGUCAUAUUAAUUAUCAUACAGUCAGUUACUCCGACCCGUUCUGUAUUUCGUUAAAUAUGGCUGAAAUCAGUGAAAAGUACAAUACAAAAUGUCCUGGUGUCAAACGCCUAAUGAGAGAGGCCAUGGAGUUGGCGGAGGCCACUGAAGAGUAUUGUGCGCGUCCCUUGGAGGACAAUCUCUUUGAAUGGCAUUUCACAGUACAAGGACCAAAAGGAACGGACUUCGAGGGUGGUAUCUACCACGGCAGGAUACUACUACCAAAAGAAUAUCCAAUGCAUCCACCUCACAUUAUACUUUUGACCCCAAAUGGACGAUUCGAGGUAAACAAAAAAAUUUGUCUAUCCAUUUCUGGACAUCAUCCUGAGACUUGGCAACCAUCAUGGUCCAUAAGAACUGCUCUCUUGGCACUGAUCGCAUUCAUGCCGACGCCUGCGGAAGGCACAAUUGGUUCGCUCGAUUACUCGCCUGCUGAGCGCAAAAUCCUCGCAAAAAAAUCAGUUAGCUGGGCCUGCUCUCAAUGUGGUGAGAUAGCAGCCCUGCUUUCGUCAACAACAGCAGCAAAACCCAUCACUGAAGAAGAGAAAACAGUGUUGAAUCAGAUUGCAUUUAAAGCUGAAGAUGAGCAAACUGCCAAGCCACCAGAAGAGCCAGCCCACACACAAGAGCCUGAGCCUCAAGUGUUGGAGUCAUCAGAGCCCACCAACAGUUUCCUAGAUCAGCUGACAGAAAUCCUUGUAGCCCUGCUAGUGGGAGCAGUUGGGAUCUUCAUAUAUAGGCGUUGGAAUGCGCACUACCCUACUUCUGAGACCGAGCUGUAAUUCAUAUAUGUGUUUAGUCUUUAGGGCCUAAGAAUAAUUUUGAAGUAUUCGCAAGUGAUGUCAGGUGACGAAAUACACCCUCAUCAUUUGAAAGAGAUCAUAUUUCAAAUUGUGGUGUUCACUCAAUUGGGAUUCAUUAUACAUAAUAUGAUUUUCCUUUCUUAUAUACCAUUUUGAUAUGAUUUGAUUUGUCAAUUGUGCCUUAAGAAUAAGGAUAUAAUACUUAUAAGGCGUCCAGAUGCCUCUCUAAGAGAAAACAAAAUGACAUCACUCUAUUGUUUUGUGAUUACUCAUAUUAUAUUAUAAUCUUAUAGUUGUUUAUUUUGUUUAAGUUAUUUAUUUUUAAAUACCAGAACACAUGAUGUUGCAGAGUAAUUUAAUAAUUAUAGCAUUUCAAUAGUUACAAAGUAACAUUGAAGGAAAGAAUUUGUGAGAAAUUAACAUGUAAUAAAUAAAACUGGAGAUUUUCUUGUCAACAGCUUUAUUUAUAUCUUGCCAAAGAUUGUGAAAUGAUCUUUUAAUCUGUGAUCUGUGUGUACUCUAUGUGACCUACUUUACAAGUCCUGUAAUGGCUUGACAACAAAAAAAAAGAUAUACUGUAUGUAAAGCAAACAGAUUUUAGUCUUUCAGAAGUAGAUUUGUUAAAUAUGGUCAUGUAGACUGGCUCACAACAUCUUGUAAAGUCAACUUGUUUAGGUCAAUGCCAAAUUUUUAAAUAUGCAUGUAAUCUUAUUAUAUGAAUAUAUAUUUCAUUCUUUUACACUUGUGACAUGUACACAAGGACAUUUAAAUGUCUGUUAUUUCCACUUUAACUCAAUAACACAAAAUUAAAACAGAACUAUUAUAGUAGUGGAAUGCACUGUUUUGAUAUUGCAUAUUUUUACUGAAUCUUCAAAUAUAUUCUCUAAAUUCUUAUUCAAAAUAAUGAUAUACCUACAAUAGUCUAAAUAAUGUAUUAAAUAUUUUACUACAUAAGGUAAUGAUUUCAUCAAUUUUUAAGUAAUAUUGCACCAUCUUGUGUAGUACACUAGUAUUGAGCACAGAUUCUGAUCUGUGCUGGUAACAUUCCAAGAGCUUAGCUGUCAUUACAAUAAUCUUUUGGAAUCAAUGUAUUAAUUAAAAUAAAUGUUCUAAUUAAGUAAAAUUAUUGUAGUGAUAAAGUUUGUCUGUAUAAAUAUAUUGUGUGUAAAUUAGUUGUAACAUUGCUUUCAGAAUACUGCUCUGCAUUGUUUGACUAAAAUAAACUUUGUAAGUUCACUACAUCAA